AGAUUUGCCAAACCAUUUGGAUUUCACCUCAGUUGAAAUUUUUCAAGCAAAUAGAAAUGACGAAAUAUAAUUUUUUGCUUAGUGCUGCAGCGCUAUUUUUACUAAUUCUUUGUAAUAUUAAUUCGGGAACAGCAAGUAAAUUUGAUGGAACCGAACUAUAUAGUGUGUCACCACAGUCGCCAUCAGCUGAUGACAAGUCAAUUUCUUUUGUAAAAUUACGGCACAAACGACAGGCGCAGACGAUUUAUUCAAAAAACCAGUAUGAAAGUGUAUCACAGAAUACCAAUACAAAUGGCAGUGAUGCUCAGAAACCCGUGGAAACGCCAACAACAUCGAACAUAUCAUCCAUUGUAGUGGCAUACAAUGCAGCCAACAAACCCCUAUUGGGAGUAAAUGGUACAGGCCAAAGGCAAGAUUCUGGCUUACAACUGUCACAGCCGAAGACCACAGUAGUCUCUGAUCCUAUUCAGCCGUCUCUUGGUGCUGCGGCUGGUAUACUAGCUGCAGGCAACAAGUCCACCUCAGUGCAGGAAAAUGGCAGCACUGAUCAAUCGACUGAAACUCCCGAGGAAAAAGUUAUUGAUAAUGUAGAUGUGCCGGAUAAUGAAACGAUUAGUGAAAUAGAAAAAACCAACUACACCGUCAACGUUACUAAUGAUCAUCACAUCUACUAUAACAGCUCAAUAUAUAUCGACAGUGCGGAAGCAGAUCAGGUUUGGGAGCAAAUCAAGAAUACAGCGCACAAUUCAAUGCUAUCGCAGUCCCACCGACGAGCUAUGACCGUUGAGUUGAGCUUCGAUUUUCCUUUCUAUGGUCAUCCUGUACGGAAUGUUACAGUGGCAACAGGUGGUUUCCUCUACACUGGUGAUUACGUGCACUCUUGGUUGGCAGCAACACAAUACAUUGCACCCUUAAUGGCUAACUUCGACACAAGUUUAUCAAAUGAAUCCUAUGUACGAGUUAAAGACAAUGGCACUGCAUUCACAGUGAUUUGGGAGAAAGUCUCAUUGCAAGAUAAACAAGAUGUGGGAAAGUUCACGUUUAGCGCGACUUUGCAUAAAAACGGUGAUAUUGUUUUCAUCUACUAUUAUGUUCCAAUUGACAUUAAUGCCAUCCAAGAUGAUAAACAUCCCGUCAAAGUAGGUCUCUCCGAUGCUUACAUAAUUGACAAAACUGUGUUCUAUACACGCAGGAAAACAAUUUAUGAAUAUCAUCGUAUAAAUUUAUCAAAUACCGGCAUAUCAAACUCAACAAUCAUUUAUUUGAAAGCUUUGCCCAGUUGCCUUGAUUACAAAGACUGUGCGGCUUGCAGUAACCACAAGACUUCAUUUGAUUGCGCUUGGUGUCCUACUUUAAACAGAUGUUCGACCGGCACAGACCGCAGGAAACAAGAAUGGCAACACAAGGGUUGUGAUCGCACACAAAUUAUGGACGCAUCUGCGUGCCCCCCUCUGGGCCAGAAGGGAAACAAUGCGAUUCAAGGAACUAGCAAUAGUAGCUCCAACGGCAGCACCAAUAACACUACACCAGUAAAUUUGCCAAGUGAUAGUGUAAACAACAAAAAUGACCCCCAGAAAAUAAAUGAAAACAGUGAGCAUGCAAGUGAAACAAAUAGUGCCACUGAUACGCCGGUGCACGAUGACAACCACGCGGCGAAAGUAGUGAACGAAGUUUUAGAAGCACACUCUGAGUCGAAAAGCAUGGGGCUUGCUCUUGGCUUCCUGGUGCCUAUCUGCCUAGUGCUAACUGUGAUUCUAUGGGUGUUUUAUGCAUACAGAAAUCCGCACACCAAAAGCGGACAACUCUUAAUUCAGUACCGCCCAAGUCAAUGGUCAUGGCGACGUGGAGAGGCGCGUUACACAGCCGCAACGAUUCACAUGUAAUGUAUAAAUUUUCCUUUCCCCCCUCCUUCUCCCGCGUCUCUGGAUGCCUCGAGUAAAUACUUUUAAAUUUUGCUGCAUUGUUCGGAGCGACUUAGACAUUUCGUUAAUAAUUAAAUUUUUAUCUUUGUCAUUUUAUUAUUGAAAACGUUAUAAAAAAGCCAAAACUAUUUAGUAAGCAAAUAAUAAAUCAUCUUAUAUCUGUAUAUUAUUUUUUCGUUAUUUACCUACUACAACAAUGCGCACUACCCACAAAGGUAAUUCCGAUGUAUGGUAGUGAACACUAUAAACUAUAACAGAAAGUAAAAUGCAUAUGGAAACAGAAAGAACAGAGAGAGAUAUUUAAUUUUAGCAAAUGUAAAAGACAAGUCCUGCAUACAAGCAAACAGCAACAACUAAGCUGAUGCUGCAGUACAUACUCGUAUUAUGAGAGAUGGCAGCCGUAGUCGUUGUUUUGCUUUGCUUAAUACUUAUAUAUGUAUGUAUGUUUGUAUGCACAUUUGUUUGUGCUUUUUAUUAUGAUUUUUGUAUGUAUGUACUAAGUAAAUAUUUUCUUCUCCAUAUUUUCUUAUUUUAAAAUUUUAAAAAGUUUAGUUUAAAUAUCUGUGGACUUUUGGCAUAAUAACUUAUGUGAUUUUAAUAGGUUUUGCUUUAAGGUCUAUAAAUUCUGAUUUGUAAUAGUAAAAUUUUGUAUUUUAUUUAACCUUUAUUAAGAUUGUGUUACCCAAGCUACGGCUAUAAAUGAUUAAUUGAUUAAAUAUUUCGAGAAAAACAAGCAAUAUUUGGUGCCUGACAGAAAAAAGUGCUAAGCCGACUUAAGUUCUUUUAUCAAACGUACACAGGUAUAUAUCAUAAUGUAAACUAAUGUUUGUAAUUUUCAUUGGCAUAUUCGCAAUAUUUAUUUAUGUUUGUAACUUGUAUAUCUAUAUUCAUACACUAUCUUUAUUAUUUUUGUGAAUUUGAUUGCUAGUUCUUAAAUAAAUUUUAUACUAUAUACAUAACAUUGGAUGUGUAAAUUUUUAAAAUGAUACGGCAACACAUGACAGAAUUUCGCCUGCAUUAUUCAAUGCAAGAAUAAGAUGAGAUAUAAAACGAUAAAUAAGCUGAAACACUUACAGUUAAUAUUCCAUACUUUGGUGUGUGUGCAUUACUCUCAAUAGAUUUUGAAUCACGUUAAUCCCAUUAGUGAAUCACUAUAUAAUAAGUUUAAUAAAUGUUACUCAUGCAAUAGCAAAGCAAAGCUCAUUUGCUGUACAAUAAUAUUAACUGUUGGUGUAAGCCAUGCAAUAAACUGUAGGCAGUGCAAUAAACUGUAUAUAUGUAUGUGCAUGUGUGAUGCAGGUGUAAGUACAGUUCUACUCAACGAUUCUGGAUUCGGAAAUGUAUAGGCAGCCUUAACGAAGUUAUCGAUGUGCUUUUAUUUUCGCAAAAUGUUAAAUUAGUAAAAUUCAUAAAAAUCAAUAUGCGCAUAAUAAUCAAAUUCAAAACCUAGAUCAAUAUUGAAACUGUGUAUUUGUAUGUCAAUGUUUGCAAUGCUUUCAUGGCUCUUGGAUAGAAAGCAAGAUACAUUCGAGCAUAGGCAUUAAAUUUGUAAUGAUAGAGUAACUUGUCAUGCAAAUGCGUCGAGGAUGGCUGAUCUUUGGAAAUAAUUCGUGAUGAAGUUUAUUCAUAUAUACCUACAUACAUACAUAUAUACAAAUAUGGAGGACAAAUAGAAAAGCAAUUUUCUUUAAAAUGUCGUCAAAUCCGCGUCACUUAUUUUUGUAUUAAAACAAUUAAUAAAAAAGGCAUAUCAUGAAAUUUA